AUGACAUGCUCUGUGUGUCAACAAAAGGGCCAUAAUAAGAGAAGGUGCCCCAACAGAGGAACUACUCUGCCACAAGCCCCACAAACCCCAGAUGAGCCUCCAGCAAAGAGAGCAAGGGGUAGGCCAAGGAAAGAGGCUGCAGCUUCCCAACCUAUGCACCCAUGCUCUUCUACUCAUCUAACAGCAACAGCUGAACCUUCAAGAAUAGGAAGGGGAGGUAGAGUGAUCAGCAGGGGAGGCAACUCAGCUGGAAGGGGAACUGGCAGAGCUAGGGGAAGGGAUGCUCCAACUAGUAAGGGUGGGAGAACUGGUAGGGGAGGGGAAGCUUCAGGCAGUAUGGGAAGAGGUAUUACCACAACAACAGGAGGUAACAGAGGUGGUAGAGGAACAAGGGGUGGUAGAGGAUCAAGGGGUGGAAGAGGUAGAGGAAGAAAUCAGGUCUCCCAAGGUUUUUGUGUUUAUUUGACAUCAGAUGGCUCUACAUUCACUAAUCCACCAGGAAGUGCAGGACCUCAAGAUGUUUCAGCAUACACCACUACUUUCUCCUACAACUUCAGUCAGGGUUCCUCAAAUUAUAACAACAUGUAA